GCCAGUGAGUAGACCAACAUGGACGCCAUUUGCUGGAGUUGAGUUGAGCAAAAUUUAGAUGUCCUGUUCUUGUGAUGUCACUUGCGGCAGAUUCUGAUGACCUACCAAUAAAUCUGAAUUUGGCUGAGCUAAAAGAACAACUUGCACAAAAUGGAACAGUUAUAUGUCCUGUGCAAGGCUGUAAUCAAGACUUCAAAUCUUUCUGGGGGCUAAAAUAUCACUUGAGACGGGCAAACCACCAAGACGUGGCAGAAGGGAAGUUUAAAUGUGAAAAGUGCAAUCGGUUGUUUCAGUCGCGGGUUAAUUUGCGACAACACAGAAUAGCUGACCAUUCAGGUAGUGAGGGAGGAAGUCCACUGCCCAGUCCAUUGUCAUCUCCAAGGUCAAGGGAAAACGAUUCAUUCCACUUUUCCUCUGCACACUCAACAAACCAAAAGACAGGGCAAAUUUCGACAGAAACUUCUUGUACUGAAGUGAAUGAGAAUUCAGCUACUAAUGGAGCAAAGGCAAGCGAAAGUGAAGUCAAUCAAACUCAGGCAGCAGUUGUUACAAAGAGAAAGAGGGGCAGACCAAGAAGGGCUGACCAAAUUAAACAUUCUCCCUCGGCUGUGAAUGGCCAAGGGGAAGUCAUCAGUGGGACUUUAUCUCUAUCUCAACCAGUUAUUAACACUGCUGACAAUCCUGAAGGUAGAAAACUGGACAAUGCAAGCUCAGAUAGUACCGUCACUCCAAGGAGGGCUUCCACAAGAGUGCGUACUCCACGGAUAAAUUUAAAUUUGUAUGAUGAUACAGAAGAAAACAAAAGAAAACAUAAAAGAGUGAAAAGGAAUACUCCUAAGAAGAGAGGGAGGAAACCAAAAAUUGUCUCUGAUGAAAAUGCUAUUGAUGACUCCGUGAGAGAUUCCGAUUGUGAGAAAACACAUGGGAAGAAACCUGAGAAAAAGCCAAAUAGCGAUACAGCUGGGAAUGAAUGUGUCAUAGGAAGAGGAACUAAAGAAAAUGUGGAUGGCAACAGUGAUAAUGUUGAUGAUGAAAAUAGCAAUGUCCAUGAUGAUAAUGCGGCAAAUGUUGAUAAUGAGGAUGAUGAUGACGAUGAAGAUGGCAAUGUCAAGGAUGAUGAUGAUGAUGAUGGAAAGGCAGUCAUAAAGGAGAGAAGAAAACCUUGGAGAAAGAGAAAAGCUGUGGUUUCAGAGGCAGCUAGGCUUAAGAGGCUUGUGAAAUGGGGAAAGACAUUGAUUUGUCAGAACGAAGGAUGUAGGGCAAAGUUUACCACAGCCGCUGGAUACUUAGCACAUCAGAAAAUCUGUGGAGUGAAAGAGGAAGACAGAGAAAAGUUUACAUGCGAGAUAUGCGAAAAAGUAUAUAUGUCUUCUAUGGGGCUUAAAUAUCACAUGCAAGCCAAGCACACUGAGAGUGAGACAGUUGACAGCUGCAAUAAUUCAGAAGAUAAGAACAAGGAAGAGAAUGAACCCGAAAUUCUAUCAGAUGGAAGAACAAGACGAAAGGCAGCUUCCAGGGCAAUGUCAAAAGUUCAAAAACUAGUGACAGAGCAAAAUCUUCAAGAAGUGGAUCAUUCUAGAGGGAUUGUGAAGAAAGAGUUUCUGGACCAGCUAAUUGUUAAAAUCAAAGGCAGAGACAUAUCCAAAGAAGAGGAACAAUGGACUGAAGCACUGGAGACAGAGACUAGUGUAAUGUGUCCCAGUAAGGGGUGCUCAGAAACAUUUCAGUCGUUUGAGAACAUUAAAGCUCAUUUGAAAUCUUGUGAGAAGGCUGUUUCCUACAAGUGUCUGGCCUGUGGCAAGGUUUAUCUGUCCAUAAUGCUCCUACACAAUCACAUUAACUUUCGACAUGUUGGAUACAAGCCUAAAGGGAAGGAGGUGUCCGACAGCAGUGACGCGGACUAUGUAGUUGUCAGCUCAGGAGACAGUGCAGAAGAGAGCGACAAUGUCGAAAUUGAGGAGAUUGAAGAAAGCGGAAGUGACUUAAACGAAGAUGGGGAGAAUUGCUCGGAAGAAAUCGUUGUUUGGGAUGAUAAGAGAAAAAAGUUCAAACGACCAGGAAUGCCGAAAGCGUUUCGAAGGUCUCAAUCAGGUCCUACCUCAGCUGUGAAAUUUGGACCCAUUGGGUCAGCAGAUUCCGAAAGCUACGAAACCACAGAAAACUGGCGCAAACAACAGUUUAAACGCAAAGAUCUGUUUCCUAACUUCAUACCAUCUUCCUCUUUUUGGUCUCGCGUUGACCACAGUGAGAUUGAGCAGUAUUUGCCGGAAGCGACUAUAUCACCGAGGUUUACAAUAAGACGAAAAGGCAAAAAUCACAACACUAAACAGGAUAUGCAGUUACCGUUGUUUGAAAGCACGUCCAAGGAAGAAAGUAAGUUACUUCGUGAAUCUACUUGUUGACCAUUGUUUACCAUACUU